AUGACGGGGAUGUUGUACGACGUGAGUCGCGUUUUGUCGAACCACGUCUCGUUGGAUGGCGGCGGAGUGUUCCCCAACGGGAGCUCGGAGGCACCUGAGGAAGAAGCAUUAUCCUGCUCCAGCGUGGAGGAGUCGGAGAACGCAUCCUCCCUGAACACAAGCGUGUCUGUCAAGAACGCCGUGAUCAACGCGGACAGCACGACUGCAGAGCGCCCUGCGCCAUUCGGCGAGGCGCCAAAGACGAACGCCGCUAUGCAAGCUCCACCGUCUUGCGCUGAGUGUGGCCUUCCGUCAGGGCCGUUUUUGGCCUGCGGGGCUUGUGAGUUGCUCUACCACAGCAAGUGUUUGAUGAAAUGCUUCCUGCCGACUGGCGAGGGCACCUGGAAAUGCCCCCAGUGCCAGUGGAAGUUGAUUAACGCCGGCGAAAUGCCACUGGAUUCUUCACUUACCCAGUGCGACCUGUCGGACGACUCCCACACUGGCUACGAAGGCGCCCGUUCGCCCCCUGCCCACGAGGAGGUCUCCGAUGAGGCGAGCGGCGUCGAGAAGGAGCCGAAGGUCAAGGUUACGCGCCCUGGAGGAAGUCCCAGGCGUGAGCGUAGCCCGGAAAUCCUGGAGCGCAAGCGUAAGAAGCCUGUUACGGAGGGAUCCAACUUCCAGACGAAGAUCCAAGUCGGUUUCAGCCACCAAGUGCCGUUCACCCCUGCCUUCUUCUUGGACGAAUCACAAAGUCCGCGGCGUGAAAACCACGACUGGGCUCGUCUGAUGUACUCUCCGUACUACUUGGAGAAAAUUCGUGCGCGCAAAAUGCAGGAGGGCGCCGAUGCGAGCGUCAUUAAGAACGAGUUCGAGCUGGCUGAGUUCAUCCAGCUGUGUGCUCAGAACUGGAAGAGCAACCCUGGUUGGCACCCGUUUUCGCCAGAGUUCGCGUACAAAAUCUUGCAUUUCGCCGAUUACGAUCCCAAGAAAGCGCUGAGGGUGAUGAAUGACCCGAACUUUAACUUUGUGUGUGUCUGUGACCCGCCCACUAGGCGAUACGACAACAAGUGGAAGCCCAAGGACCGUCGCGGCCAGGUGCCCACGAGUCCCUACCCGCCUCCAAUAACCCUAAGGGGCUACCUGUUACGCAGGCAUGACCUGUCCCGGUAG